AUGGCCUCUCUGACGGAGUUUCUUUCGAAUGUUACUCAGAACCCAGACUCUCUAUCUUCCUGGGAGCCUCUCCGAUCAGGAAGUCUUGAAAAACUAAUGAGCACAAACCAACACUGUGGCUUGAUACGCACCUAUCUUUCCAUCUUCCCUACUGAUCCCGAAAUGGGGGCCAUCUUCAUUGAGACUCUCCUCGCUAAGAAAGAUCCUCUGCUGUAUGCUGAGCUCUGCAAAGUGAUCCAGAUAGCACCCACAGCAAUUGUUUUUGCCCCUCUUAUUCGGCAUUCCUUCUCUAAGAUAAAUGCAACCGAUACAAGUCGGACAGGAAUUCCGCAGGUCAUGUCUCUAGCUGCGCUGGCCGUGCUAUUUGCUCCGUAUGAUCCUCUAGGAAACAUAGCAUGGAAAGUGUUGUGCAACGUGACAUACACUAACAAAGAAAUAGACCUUUCUCUUCUGAUAAUGGAGUUUUUGAGUACCAUCCCCCUGGCUACCAUUGCGCUACCGGACCUCAGGCUUUAUAGCCAGCUAACAAAUUACUGUCGCAUUGCAAAUAUCGACAGCUCUCAACCUGAGGAGGGGUUAAGGCUAUACGCAGAUGACUCUUCCCUUCCCACGAUCGAUGCACAGGGACAGCCCCUAGACUUUAUACCCACUUUGAACCAGCUUACACGUUUUUGUACAAUCGUCAAGAAUUACAGCCUGAUCGUUAAAUUCUUGCUAAAACGUCAUGUAACUAUGUGUAACGCCAUGGGCGUUCCCAGUAAUAUUCAGCAGCUAGCCCAUGGAAGUUCUUUUAGCUCCAAAGCACCGGGUAGAUGGCCGAAUAAUAGCAUCCCAGGCAUGAAUUAUGUUCAUACUACGUCUGAUAAGCAGAAGCAGCUUCUUGCAAAUCUUCUCUGGAACGAGGUGGUUGACUUUGAAAUGAAGGUAUCUGCCCUUUUGGUCAAUCAAGCUAUAAUCAGCGAAUUAGAGGCGGCAAGACGAGUUUUGUUUUGCCUUGAGACAGUGAUUCAGUACCAGCCAUCAGGCAUAACCUACUUUUCUCUUUUAUCCUAUAUCCUAGGAUUGCUCAGAUUAGGACAUGAAUCUUUGGCAUACGAUAACAACGACACAGAAGGGCAAUGUUUCACUGAACUUGUUAACUUAGUUAGCUCAGACCACUGGGACGAGGCAGAGCUAGGAGCAUUGCAAGGGCUUGUUGGAGGCCGACCCGCUAACCUGUGGCACAGACUGCGGAGGCAUCUGGGUGAAGCUGUUUGUGCUCUUAUUCCAAAGGCUCAGCAGGUCAUUUCUCUUAAAUCACAGCAAGGUGAGCCAACACCGUACGGUGUCUUUGACUUCCCUGGUCUGCUUCCUACUCUCUCUACAGAACAAGGCGUAGAUGCAGGCCAUAUGGACCAUGAUUCAGACGACUCAGAUACCUAUGAGCACCAAGAAUCGGCCCAAAAGGACUUUGAUAACGUCUAUAGGCGAUCUGGAUGUUAUGUUAAAAAGCCGACAUGGACUCUAUCUACUCUACAGAGAUGUCAAGGUAUACCAUUGACAGACUCUAUACCAGAGGAGUUUUACUCGCCACACCCAUGUAUGCAGAAUAACACUAUUUCGAAUCUUAUUGUAUUGAUCCUUGACUUUCUGGCCGAGUCAAAUCGAGUCAAGACCCCCCUCUACACUUUCUUACUUAGAUGCUUGUAUGCAUAUGCGUUUACAUCUCUUAAUUUUCUUGCGUGUGGGGCCUAUAUCAAGCACUCUUUGAUAGCUGAACGUGUGGAAAGCAACAGCACUAAAUUUAACACCGCAGCAGUUGUGUUUGGAUGCUGUGACUCUUUGCUUAAUAGCGCGGUUCUGUACCAUUAUUAUAAUGUUAUAAAUACAUCUGGCACGCAAGUUAAGGAUAAAGACGAUGGCACUGGCAAUACCAAUCAGAAAAGUGACACAGACGCCAAGGACAUAGUGUACGAUUGUGUCCCUAUUCGUGCGUUUACUGUCUUUGCCAUUCAUGUUACAGAUCUAGCAAUAAAGUUUUGCACCAUCAAUGGAGUAGCCAAUGACACCAUCCUAACCUUUCUCCGCGCGCUGUUCAACCAAGGAACUUGCUUUAUCCCUUGCACCGAUCACCCACCUGUACUCAAUCUUGACUUCACUCCUCUGCUGUGCGAAUACAUCCAUCAACUAUAUGACUUGAAACAUAUGCAGGAGCUGACCCGCCUGUUCGGGACCGACCGUAAAGGAAGCGGAGACACCAUUGCGAAGACAAGCAAUCACCUGUAUUUACAAUGUCCUCCCCUUACCCUCGGUUCAGUCCAAGGGUUAGCUGCUCUGCUUUCAAAGACACUGAGCUCGCUCACCAGCGAGUCCGCCAGCGGUUUCUCGGCUCGCACAUCAUUGUACAAGCCUGAGAUAUACACCCUCUUCCCGCUGCAAGAGGGCAACAUGCGCCUCAGCGUGGAGGUGUGCGACACCCUAGAUAGUAUCCUCCAGCGGUUUUCUCGUGAACUUCUGUUUGUGCAACGCUCCACAGCGAAUGUCUUCAGAUCCCGGGCAGCCAGAAGCACAGAUAUGCUAGUCAAGCGGAUCUAUGUGGCGUGUGGCUGCUAUCUGUUAAAUGAUUCAGAGGUAGGCUACUACUCCAACUACGUUGAAAAGAACGACGACAUUGCCGUUGCCACCCUAAGACACAGCAUCGCCAUUGCAAACAAAACUCGUGCACGGCAAGCGGCAGCCCUUGGAGACGCAAUUGACUACGGUGGGCUCAACACCCUUUAUCCCCUGGCUAAUCUGGAACUUAAGCCUCUGCAAGAGGGCGCGCAACCCGUCGUCCGCGUUGUCUCAACCAAACGCCCUGCCCGAUCCGAGGGCAGGCACUGA